AUGGCAACCCAGCCAGAGCCUGUCGCCAUCAUUGGCAGUUCUUGCAGAUUUCCUGGAGGCGCAUCUAGUCCUUCAAAACUCUGGGAUCUUCUGCAGACACCAAGGGAGCUUCUAUCCAAGAUAUCGAAGGAUCGAUUCGAUUCUGAUGGCUUUUAUCAUCCCAAUGGAGCACACCACGGGAGCUCGAACGUGCAAGCAUCUUACCUCCUCGAAGAAGAUCCCCGCGUCUUUGACGCAUCAUUCUUCGCUAUAAAUGCUCGAGAAGCAGAGGCUAUGGAUCCGCAACACAGAAUUCUAUUGGAAACAGUAUACGAGUGUAUGGAGAAUGCUGGAGCUUCGGUUCAGGGGCUUCAGCAUUCUCAGACAGGCGUAUAUGUUGGCUUAAUGACCAACGACUACCACGAUAUCCACCUACGGGACAUGGGGGCAAUACCGAAGUACAGCGGAACAGGCACCACUCGGAGCAUUCUCAGCAACCGGGUGUCGUACUUUUUCAACUGGAAGGGUCCUAGUAUGACCAUCGAUACUGCCUGCUCGUCAUCCCUGGUUGCGGUGCAUCUCGCUGUGCAGAGCUUACGCAGUGGUGAGACUUCGGUCGCGUUGGCGGCGGGAGCGAACCUGAUUUUCGGUCCCGAGAUGUACAUAAUCGAAUCCAAGCUGAACAUGCUCUCUCCGAAUGGGCGAUCUCGCAUGUGGGAUCACAAUGCAGAUGGGUACGGUCGUGGAGAAGGAGUGGCAGUCGUUAUGCUCAAGACGCUUUCCAAUGCACUUCGUGACGGUGACUCGAUCGAAUGCCUCAUCCGAGAAACUGGCGUUAAUCAAGACGGAAGGACUCCCGGUAUUACAAUGCCGAGCUCCCAAAGCCAAGAAACCCUUAUCCGCGACACCUAUCUUCGUGCGGGUUUGGACUUGACAAAGAAGAAUGAUCGGCCCCAAUUCUUCGAAGCCCACGGAACUGGAACCUCAGUCGGGGAUCCUCUAGAAGCCGAAGCCAUCAACACAGCCUUUUUCAAGCACGACGCCGCUGUCACACCGGAGUGCGAUACCCUCUACGUCGGCAGCAUCAAGACUGUUAUUGGUCACCUGGAAGGCGCCGCGGGGAUUGCUGGACUGAUCAAAACAUCACUGGCUCUACAACACAAGAUUGUGCCUCCAAACCUUCAUCUGGAGCAGUUGAACCCAAAAAUCGUGCCUUUCACUAAGCAUAUGCGUGUACCAACAGCGGCGGUGCCAUGGCCAGAAGUCGCUGGUUCCUCUGUACGAAGGGCCAGCGUCAAUAGUUUUGGGUUUGGCGGAACCAACGCCCACGCUAUUCUUGAAAGCUUCGAAGAUGGCCAAAAUAAGGGCCAAGCCUGUUCUACACCAUCUAAUUUACUCAGCCCCAUCGUCUUCUCUGCCAAUUCUCAGUCCUCCCUCCUGGCUAUUGUGAAAGCGUUUGUUAAACACUUGUCAGCGCCGGACUCGGAGCAUAACAUGCUCGAUUUGACAUGGACUUUACAGUCCAAGCGUGCGGAGCUGCCCUAUAGAAAGGCAUUUGCAUCGUCAAAUCUUCGAGGGUUAUUAGCCAGUAUGGGUGCAGCGACCAAAGACGCUGAGGAAGCAAAGUCACCAGUGCUAGGGACACAAAUGUUACUCAAUAGUGCCAAUGACAAACCAAAAAUUCUGGCUAUAUUUACUGGCCAAGGAGCUCAAUGGCCGACGAUGGGUGCACAGCUCUUGCAUGCCUCGAAGAUUUUUGCACAAACUAUCGACGAGCUGCAAGAUUCUCUCAGCCACCUAUCGGAUGGACCGACGUGGCGUAUUAGGGAUGAAUUGACCCGUGCCGAGCAAAAGUCAAGAAUCCAUUUAGCAGAGAUAUCUCAGCCCCUAUGCACUGCAGUUCAGAUCGGCCUUGUAAAUCUGCUUGACAGUGCGGGUGUUGGUCUUUUCGCUGCGGUUGGCCACUCUUCUGGGGAAAUUGGAGCCGCGUACGCCGCUGGUGCCAUUUCAGCUCGCGAUGCAAUUCGAAUUGCAUAUUAUCGAGGUGUCAAUGCAGAGAGCUCAGCAGGAAGUGGCAGUAUGAUGGCGGUGGGUAUCCCCUUUGUUGAAGCCCAAGUCCUUUGCUCCGAAAGUCGUUUUGCUGGCCGUCUUGCCGUGGCGGCGAGCAAUGGACCAUCAACCGUAACUAUCUCAGGUGAUUCAGACGCCAUACUAGAAAUGAAGGACGAACUUGACCAGCAGAAGACCUUCGCCCGCGUACUCGAGGUGAGUAAGGCGUACCACUCCCACCAUAUGCUACCAUGCUCCGAGCUGUACCAGAAGUCUUUAGAGCGGUGCUCUAUUGACGUCGAAUCCCAUCAAACGGUAAACUGGGUAUCGAGUGUGGAUACCGCUUUCGAUGUCACAGACCCUUCAGCUCAGAAAAUGAUAGCGAGCAGCUACUGGAUAGAUAACAUGGUUCGACCUGUUCUAUUUUCCCAGGCGGUUAGCAAGGCUGUGGCAGAUCAUGGCCCCUUCGAUAUUGCAAUCGAGAUUGGUCCACAUGCAGCUCUCAAAGGUCCAACGACUCAGACAAUAAAGGCAAUCGCAAAUACCGACAUACCCUACCAUGGCAUACUAAAACGCGGAACAGACGAUGUUCUUGCAUUUUCGUCGGCUUUAGGGUUUAUUUGGGAAUGUCUGGGAGCUAAGGGGGUGCAGUUGGGACAGUUUACGAAGUCGAACAGCGAACAAACCCCAAACUUCCAGAAGAACCUUCCAACGUAUCAAUGGGACCAUGAUCAACAGUACUGGAAAGAAUCCCGUCUUUCAAAAAAUUUCCGCGUCCCUAGAGAGAAGGUCCAUGAGCUCUUGGGGAAGCAGUGCAUGGAUAAUGUGGAAAAAAAAGACCUUCGGUGGCGAAACUUUCUGAAGGUGGAGGAAAUCCCAUGGCUCCGUGGCCACAAAUUCCAGGGUCAGAUUCUCUUUCCCGCAGCCGGUCAUAUUGCGCUUGCGAUAGAAGCAUCGAAGUCUUUGUCUAAGGACUGCAAUGUUAGUAUGAUUGAGUUGGAGAAUGUUUCUAUCGGAAAAGCAAUAACACUGGAAGAGGGUGGCGCGGCAGUUGAGAUUCUCUUUACCUUGAAGCUGUUGGAAUCUACAAAGUCCUGCAUUAUGGCAGAAUUUGCUUGUUAUGCCUGUCAGGAUGAAAAUUCUGGCAUCAUGGAUCAGUGUUCCCGCGGAAGAAUGACUCUUCACCUGGGAGAAGCCUCGAUCGAUACCCUUCCGAAUCAGCCAGAUAAAAUUCCGGGUCUUGUCAAUGUGGAUGCCAAUGAGUUCUAUGACUCUAUGAAUGAGAUCGGGCUGGAUUACACCGAGUCGUUCCGAAACAUGACCGGUAUUGCCCGGACCAGACGCUUUGCCACCUCAUCUACGGACAUGCCCGCUGCCAAUCCCGAUUAUGCUUCGGGCCUGAUGGUACAUCCCAUAUUACUGGACAUCUGUUUUCAGACCGUAAUAGCGGCAUUUUGCUUUCCAGGAGAUGGUUCCUUCUGGACACCGUAUCUGCCUACGAACAUCGACCGCAUGAGAGUUAACCCAUUCCUGUGCAAUGCCACGUCUCGCCGAAGUGUGAAUAUCGAAGCUCAGAUUGUGGAAGAGAAUUCGUUGCACAUCACAGGAAAUUUGAAUGUGUACGACUCUUCUGGAAAUCAGCAGAUUCAACUAGAUGGACUGACUUGCAGGUCAUUCUCAAAGGCAACACAAGCUACAGAUCAACUACUAUUCUCCGAGACAAUCUGGCAGCCCGCUGUUACACUAGUUGAUGGGCUGUCCUUAGAUGAGGGCGGCGCCGUAGCGGACAACUUUGUUGAUCUUGAGGCAGUGGAAGCGAACGAGCGCGUCGCCUAUUAUUACCUCCGCACUCUACGAGAAAAGUUCUCUUCUGCCCAAGUUGCCUCUUUCGAGUGGUGGUAUCAACGUCUCUUCGAAUUUGCUGAUUACUUGCUGCCGAUUGUCGCUAACGGCGCCCAUCAGUCCAUUCGAGCGGAAUGGGUCACUGACACGCAUGAUACAAUUCUUGCGUUAGUUGCCAAAUUUCCACACCAGAUUGACCUUCAGUUGGUUGUUGAGGUCGGUGAGAACCUACCUACAUAUGUACAGGGCGCAGUCCCACUACUGGAGGUCAUGCUGAAAGAGGAUCGACUCACUCGUCUGUACCAAGAAGGCCUGGGAGUUCCACAUGUCAACCAAGAACUUUCUUCAUUCGCAAAGAGUCUGUCCCAUCAGUUCCCAAACAUGAAGAUUCUCGAGAUUGGCGCUGGUACAGGAGGUAUGACUAGGGAGGUGCUCAGGGAGAUUGACGGUGCAUUUGGCUCGUACACCUUCACAGACAUCUCUACCGGGUUCUUUGAGAGUGCCAAGACACGCCUUCGGUUAGAGGGAAGAACCAAGAUGAUAUUCAGCGCUCUGGAUAUUGAGAAGGACCCUUGUACUCAAGGUUAUGUCGAAGGCUCCUACGAUAUGAUUAUUGCGUCCAAUGUUCUCCACGCUACACGCAGUCUCGGCCAGACUAUGGCACACGUUCGCAGGCUAUUGCGCCCAGGUGGCUAUUUGCUUCUCAAUGAAGUGACUGGAGACAUGCUGCGUCUGAAAUUCAUCAUGUCCGGUCUCCCGGGGUGGUGGUUAGGCGGGGACGACGGACGUCGCUACUCGCCCACGAUUAGCCCACUGCAAUGGAAUGAGACGCUGACCCUGGCCGGUUUCUCCGGAGUUGACAUUAUUAAAAAAGACUUCAGUGACCCUCGAAAACACUCGUUAUCCGUUAUUAUAUCGCAGGCCAUGGACGAAAUGGUAGGGUUCUUGCGAGAGCCAUUAGCAGCGCCAUACAUGGCACCGGAUGUGGGCGAUGUGUACAUCGUCGGCGGCAGAACCUUGGAAGUGAAACGACUCGCCCAAGCAGUUAGCAACAAGCUUCGCUGCUGGAGUCAGGACGUAUGCGCGGUCGGCGACAUUACAGCUUUGGAAGCUUCUAAUCCGGCAGAGGGUUUCACCGUCGUUUAUCUCGAUGACUUGGACGAACCAGUGUUGCAAGCUCUUACUGCAGAGAAGCUCAAGGCCCUCCAAUUCAUGUUUUGUCAUGCGAAUAAUAUCUUAUGCCUGACUCAAGGCUCUCAAGGCGCCUCUCCGUAUUCUAUGGCGCUAGUCGGGCUUGCUCGUACUAUGCUCUUUGAACAUCCCAGCCUUCAAAUGCAGUUGAUAGACAUAUCUACGCUCAAGGACAUUAGCGCGCAUAUCAUAGCGGAAGAUUUGCUGCGUUUGGCUGCUGCGAGAACUCUUGAUACGUCUUAUUUGUGGACUUCCGAGCCGGAGAUUGCCUAUUCAAGGUCGCGGAAACAAAUACAGCGUCUCAUUACCAACAAAGAUCUGAAUGACAAACUGAACUCAGAGCGCCGCUUGAUCACUGAGUCUGUUCAGACUAAAUAUUGGAAGAUGGUCCUGUCCAGAAAUCACAACGGUCAUCUUGAAUUGCGGAAGAGUGUUCCGAGAAGAACGCUGAUGGCUUGUACCUCGGAAGGUUUUUCUACUUUCGAUACUCUCUUGUCUGUGAGACAUCCAGUGACCUAUCCCGGUACUCCAGUUAGAUACAUCUCGCUCGGCAAAAAGGCAGAUUCAGACACAAUUUUCGCUUUCAUCUCUUCUGAACUUGCGUCUGCUAUCUCAGUACCGUCUAGUUCUGCCUUCGCUAUUCAGAGCUUUGUCGACUUGGAAGCGGCUCUGAUGACCAUUUCCACGCACGUUAUGUCCCAGCAGUUUUUGCAUGAUAUUCCUUCUGGAGGCUCCAUUCUCCUUCACGACGUUGAUGAAUACUUUGGGACCGUCAUCUCAAAGGCGGCCACCAAGAAGCAUAUCAAAGUGACCAUGACAACGUCAAACUCACGCCACAAGGGCGUGCACCCAUGGCUAUGGAUCCAUCCAUAUCAGUCGAACAAUCAACUAGCAGCUUUACUGCCAUCUGCAGUUGAUAUGCUUAUCAAUUUUGCUACAGACAGUUUGUUAUCAUCUUAUCAACUAGGUAAUCGAAUUGCAACCUCCAUGGCCGAGUCCUGCGUUGUCAUUCAAAAGUCACAAAUUGUCACGGCACAUUCAUACCCCUUUAGGAAUCGAACAUUACUUGUUCAAGAGGACCUGAAACGGCACCUGGCCUUGGCAUGUUCCAAAAGUAUAGGGGAACAAUAUUUAACCACCGCCGUGACACAUCUCAACGAGGUAACAGAACAGCUAACCUACGAACGUACAAAUAAUUUAUUUUCCAUCUUUGACUGGAGAUCGAACUCAAGCGUGGCCAUUCGAGUGCAGCCAACUAAUACCAAGAACCUAUUUUCACCGGACAAGACCUAUAUCCUCUUCGGGUUGACUGGUGAAUUGGGCCGCUCGCUUGCGGAUUAUCUGAUUCAGAAUGGUGCAAAGUAUCUUGUUUUAACUAGUCGCAAACCUCCUGCGGCAGAUGCUUGGGUGCAAAGACACUUGGCUCGUGGGCUCACUGUGAAGCUCUUGUCUAAUGACAUCACGAAGAAGACGGACGUUCAGGCGCUCCUCAAGAAAAUCACGGACGAGAUGCCUCCGAUCGCUGGUGUUGUGAAUGGUGCAAUGGUUCUGCGAGACAAAUUGUUUACUAAUAUGACUAUUGACGACUGGAGCGCAGCAGUACUGCCCAAGAUUGAUGGAUCCCAAAACCUCGACGAUUGCUUUUCAACUGAGAGACCGCUCGAGUUCUUUGUGAUGCUCUCUUCUUUGGCCAGCGUCAUCGGCAACAGUGGCCAAUCCAACUACAAUGCUGGCAAUAUGUACUGCUGCUCAUUGGCCUCAAACCGCCGAAACAGAGGGUUGGCAGGAUCUGCCAUCGAUAUCGGCAAAAUUGUUGGUAUAGGCUAUGUCUCUCGAAAUCAAAGGGCUGUCAUUUCCCUCCGUUCCCAUAAGUUUCAGCCGAUCUCAGAACCGAUGUUCCACCAAAUGUUCAUCCAAGCAGUCAUAUCAGGCCGUCCUGACUCAGGCCGUCAGUCGGUGCUCUCAGCGGGCAUGCAAAAACGCUUGGGACUGUCUGCAGAAGACUCCUCUCCACCUUUAUGGCUUGGGAACCCUCGAUUCUCUCAUAUGAAGUGGGAGUCAGAGCAACUCUCAAGCGAAGAAGACGGGUCGGCCGUAUCGAGCAUCCCAAUACAACACAUACUCAAAACUGCAGCCGACGAAGCAGACGCAAAGAAAGCUUUGUGCAUCGCAUUUACAAACCGAUUGGCCAAGAUUCUUCAAAUGUCUACUAAUUCCAUCAACAUACAGAAACCUCUGGUUGAUGUUGGUAUCGAUUCUCUUAUCGCCGUAGAGGUUCGAUCGUGGUUUCUAAAGGAGCUCAAUGUUGAUGUGCCUGUACUGAAGGUGAUCGGAGGUGCAUCUGUCUUUGAUAUAUGCAGUGACGUCCUUGCAAAACUUUCUCUUAAUUACGGCGCAGAAAGCUUUGAGUCUUCCGCUUGCAUUGAAUCCAAGGUUUUGCAGCACAAUGAAACGUUGGAAGAUCAGGAGACCAAGCUCCCAGUAGGUAGUGCUGGCGAGAUUGUGGACGAAAAUGAGGCUUUGGGGCUCGAGGCAAUAUUUCAAGAACAACCCGAUACUUCGCCAACCGCAUCUGGAAGUGCUUCAACGUGGGGCUCGAACGAAGACCUAGACCAACACAUCCCCGAGUCAUUUAGUACACCUGGCACUUCAUGGGGUGACGACGAAAAACGAAGUACCAUGCUAGAGGCGAGAGUCGAAAUCAUCCAAUCGGCUCCUCUGUCUCGCUCGCAAGAAAGGAUCUGGCUGGCUGAUUGCUACUCUAAUGACCAGACAGCGUACAAUGUUGCCUUUGCCUGGAGGCUGAGGGGUGCCCUCAAUGUGUCUAAGUUUGAGAGAGCUCUUCAGACUGUGAUCGGUCGCCACGACGCUCUACAUACGGCAUUUCAGGUAGAUAAUUCUACGGGUCGGCCCUUCCAAGCAGUACUCAAAGCUGGUCAAUUUCUGUUUGAGUCCAGGUACACUGGCCCCGCCAGUGACAUUCAUGCUGAAUUCACCAACUUCCGUCGUCACAUCUUCGACAUUUCGACUGGAAAAACCAUGCGGGCAUCCGUCCUCCAACUAUCGGGCGAUUCGAAUAUCUUCAUGCUCUGCUAUCACCACAUAAUCAUGGAUGGAGUCAGCCUUCGCACAUUUCUUUGCGAUUUGGACAGAGCCUAUGUCUCACCACAUUUGCAACUACCCACUACCGGAUACCUAGAUUAUGCCGCUGAAGAUCGAGAUCUAGCCCGUCGCGAGGAUUUAUCAGAAAGCAUCGCGUACUGGAAACAGUGUUUCAGCAAGCCAGCAGAGACCUUGCCUCUGUUACCAUUCGCUCGGGUUAACUCUCGGCAUCCCUUUGCCAGUGCCGAUACAUUCACGGCGCGCACAUUUGUCAGGAAGGAUGCAGUGGCUCGUAUCAAAGAAUGCAGUCAGCGCUGUCAUUCCACUCCCUUUCACGUCUAUGCGGCAGCACUUCAAGUGCUUUUAUUCAAACUUCUGGGUAGCUCAGUGGAGGACUUCUGCUUUGGUAUCGCGGAUGCAAAUCGCCUAGACAACAAAUAUGCGGACACGGUGGGGUUCUUCUUGAACCUCUUGCCCGUCAAACUUCGAUUGCAGAGCGAUGAGACAUUUGCGCAAUUGAUCAAGAGAACGCGAAACUCUGUAUAUGGUGCACUCUCUCACUCCAAUAUCCCUUUCGAUGCUCUGCUCAGGGAACUAAAUGUUCCACGUUCGUCCAGUCAUAACCCUUUGUUCCAAGUACUAAUUAACUAUACUAUGGGAAUUGGCCAAGUCAACAAACUAGCGUCGUGCCAGAUGGAAAUGGUAGAGAUUGAGGAUGCGAAAACUGCCUGCGACCUGGUUUUCAGCAUUGUCGAGACACCGGGACAAGACACUGCCAUAUCCUUUACUAUGCCACGUUGCCUUUACCUUGACGAAGACUGCAGUCGCUUUAUUAAUCUCUAUGUUGAGCUUUUAGGCAACCUUUGCAAGUUUCCGGAGACAAAGCUUGAUGAUCAUGCGCUUCACCAACAGUCAGAAACACACCAAAAUCUACGCGUCGGAUUUGGCCCAGUUGUUGAAUCUUGGAGUGGUUGGCAAGCCACCAUUUCCAGUCAGGUUGAGCUAAUGGUGGAUAAAUAUCCGGCUGCAACUGCCGUCAAGGUGGGGUUUUCAGAAGAGUCAAUUUCAUAUGUGGAGUUACAUGAACGGGCGGCUACCUUUGCACAGAUCUUGGCUGAUCUUCAGGUGGCCACCUUGACACGGGUGGCGAUGAUCAAUGAGGCAUCGAUUAACGCAAUAGCUAUCAUCCUCGCAGUCCUUCGUCUCGGGGGCACUAUCGUUCCGCUGGACCCUCGGAAUCCUCAUGGACGACUGUCCGCCAUCAUUCAGGACUCAUGCCCUGCAGUCAUAAUCUGCGACGCAAAAAUGGCGAAUACUGCCACAGCUUUAGGCAGAGAACAAGAUAUAAGAGUCGUCGAAAUUGAUACGAUGGCAAAUUCAAGAACCAUUGUCAAGCCAUAUCUGCGAAAUAUGUCUGACCCCGACAAUACAGCCUUCAUCCUCUAUACCAGCGGCUCGACAGGAACGCCCAAAGGUGUAUUAUUGAAUCAUCGUGGUUGGGUCAGUCAAUUUGCAGCAGUGACGCAGCAGUAUGGACUCAAGCAAGAAGUCGUGCUCCAGCAAAGCUCACCGGGGUUUGAUAUGACAGUUGAGCAGGUAUUUAUUGCUUUGUGCAAUGGUGGCAAAGUGGUUCUCGUUCCAAGCUCCGUCAGAGCUAACCCCAUCGAAGUCUCAAGACUCAUACUCUUGGAGGAGAUAACCUACUCAAUGGCUGUUCCCUCUGAGUACUCCGCUAUGUUGCAUCUUGGCGCAGACUUUCUACGGCACUGUUCUCGGUGGAAGUACGUUUUUUGCGGUGGAGAAAAAAUCACUGACCAUCUGCGACAAGCAUUUCACGCACUUAACGUCCCUGGUCUGCAGCUUUUCAACGUGUAUGGGCCGACCGAGAUCACAGUAUCGUGCUGCCGAGGACUCAUCCCAUUAGACAUGACCAAAAGGGAAGAAAAUCACAACUUCUGCACCGUGGGCCAGGUUCUUCCCAAUUAUCAAGUAUAUAUUGUGGGCUCAGACGGCAAAGCUGUUGCUACUGGAUUUCCUGGCGAGAUAUACAUUGGUGGAAUCGGAGUUGGAAAUGGAUACCUGAAUAACUCCGCCCUGACGCAGGCCAAAUUCCUUCCCAACACAUUUAACUCUGAUCCAUCAUACGGCUCGGUUUAUCGAACUGGAGAUCGAGGUCGCCUCCUAAACGAUGGUUCUCUGGUUUUUCUUGGACGCCUGGAAGGUGAUUCUCAAAUCAAGCUUCGUGGUCAACGUGUCGAGCUUGAUGAAAUUGCGAAUGUACUUCUGCAAACGUCAACUGGCACGCUUGCCAGCGCGGUCGUUGACGCAAGGGGAACUACUUCAAGCACUUUUCUGGUAGCAUUUGUCGUGUUCGAUAAAGAUUCGGCGCCAAAGGACGCUAAGAGGCAUUCAUACCUGAAACAACUUCGCAAGUCACUCCCUGUGCCAAAGUACAUGUGGCCUGCAUGGAUCAUGCCUUUGGCGGAACUUCCGCUCACACUAAGUGGAAAGGUAGACCGGGCUGCAUUGGCUUCUCUUGAGCUCAAUUAUACCACAAGUGAGGAAACAACGUCAAGCGAACUUACUGACCAAGAAAAGUCUGUGAUCUCAUUGUGGCAAGAGAUUUUGCCAGACGAAGCAGUGCAGGGAGUAAGAAUUUGUCGCGAGACAGACUUCUUCGAGGCAGGUGGAAAUUCUCUCCUGCUUGUUCAGCUCCAAGCUGCCAUUCAACAGAAGAUCAAUGUCAGAGUUCCCCUCGGUGAAAUGAUUGAAUCCUGUUCUGUCGAGACCAUGACACAGCGCAUAUACUGUUUUACCGGAGCGUCAUCGUCUUCUGGCAUAGUUUGGGAAGACGAAGCCAUGGUUCCUGAGAUCCAUGCUCCCACCAUAGCGAGUCCAGCUACGGCUGAAUCAGAGGCGUCCGGGCACAAAGUCAUAUUACUGACUGGAUCUUCCGGAUUCCUGGGUACUGAGCUACUUCAAGAGCUCGUUGCCUCACCUCAUGUUGCAGAGAUUCACUGCGUUGGCAUUCGAUCCGCAUCAUCUUUGGAGAGAAUGAAAGUUGCAGGACCCAAGGUUUUCGGUUACCUUGGGGAUCUGACCCUCCCAAGGCUUGGCCUCACAGAGCUCCAAGCCAACUUUCUAUCUACUCAUGUCGAUACCAUCAUACAUAACGCAUCCGAUGUCUCCUUCUUAAAAGCUUACAGCUCGCUAAAGAAGGCCAACGUCGGGUCCACGAGCGAACUUAUCCGACUUAGCGUACCGCGUCGGAUCCCUAUUCAUUACAUUUCGUCUGCCGGGGUAGCCGGAUUCGUUCCCCGGGCCUUGCUUCCACUACAGGAAGUCAGCGUGAAGUCAUACCCUCCAACUGAUGGUGGGGCACAUGGUUAUCAGAGCUCCAAGUGGGUCAGCGAGCGGCUCCUGGAAAAUGCCUCUGCUCAGUAUGGAAUCAAAGUCACCAUCCAUCGACCGACCGGAAUUAUCGGCGAUGACGCUCCAUCAGGAGAUAUCAUCGCAAAUUUCCUUACAUAUUCCAGACUUCUCUCUGCAGUCCCUGAUAUGGAUGGGUGGGAUGGAUAUUUCGACCUCGUUCGUGUGGAAGAUGUUGCUCACAGGGUUUGUGAGUCAGCUACAAAGGCUAUCCCGGCUAAAGACGAGCAAGGUGUAGCUUUUCUUCACGAAUGUAAUCCGAACGCAUUUCCUGUGAAGGAGCUUGGCCAUUAUUUGGAACGAGAGAUGAGCAAACCUUUCCCUUCUUUGCCUAUGACAAAAUGGAUAGCACAAGCUAUGACUGCUGGGAUGAAUAAGAUGGUGGCCAUGUAUCUAAGGGAGGUAACAGCGAUGGGCAAUGGCUUAUACCCUCGAGUAGUAUCAAAACACGAGUUCUAG